AUGGUCGCAAAGAAAUUUGUUGUUGAUUUGAAUAAGCCCCUGGUUUUCCAGGUUGGUCAUCUCGGAAAAGCUUAUGAAGAAUGGGUUCACCAACCUAUUGUAAGCAAGGAAGGCCCUCGUUUUUUUCAAAGCAGUGUUUUGGAGUUCUUCACGCGCACUGCAUGGUGGGUGAUUCCAGUUGUUUGGGUGCCAGUUGCAUCUUGGUUCAUUUCUAACUCUGUGAAAGUGGGGCUAACUUGUCCUCAUGUAGCUAUGUUGGUGGUUAUUGGCAUUUUCGUUUGGACAUUGGCAGAAUACUUGUUGCAUCGUUUCCUUUUCCAUGUUAAAACUACUAGCUACUGGGGAAAUACCUUACAUUAUCUUCUCCAUGGCUGCCACCAUAAGCACCCCAUGGAUAGCUUGAGACUUGUUUUCCCCCCAGCAGCAGCCACUUUAAUAGCAUUUCCGUUCUGGAACUUGGUGAAGCUUGUAUGCUCCCCUUCAACUGCUCCUGCUGUGUUUGGAGGUGUUUUAUUGGGCUAUGUGACGUAUGAUUGCACCCAUUACUACUUGCACCAUGGUCAGCCAAAGACUGAUGUGCCUAAAAAUCUUAAGAAGUACCACUUGAAUCAUCACUAUCGGGCCCAGAACUAUGGCUUUGGGAUCACUUCACCACUAUGGGAUAAGGUUUUUGGAACGGUUCCUCCUCUAUCAAAGGGGGAUGCCAAACGUAGAUAACUGUCAAGGUUGCAUUUGUUCAUUGGUUAAGAUCAUAGCAAGUCCAGGAGUUCAGACAAAUAUAUGUCAAGAAUUCAUGAUUUUGAUUGUCUAAUUUAUUUUGGUCCUCAAUUGAUGUUUCUGAGGGUUAAUGUGCCAUCUUGUGUCAAACAAACAUCCUGUAAAAUUUGAUAAUAUGUGUUAAAUUAAUUGUAGAAAGCUC